AUCACAUGAAAAACCUCAACGAAGUGCUGUCGAGACUCGAGAAACAUGGAUUCCGGCUCAAACAGGAGAAAUGUACAUUCCUCGCACACUCGGUGGAGUAUUUGGGGCACCGCAUCGAUAAAGAAGGCAUCAGUGCACUACCACGCAAGGUCGAAGCUAUUGCAAAUGCUCCUCAACCGACCAAUGUCCAAGAAUUGCGCUCAUUCCUCGGUUUGAUCAAUUACUACGGAAAAUUUAUCCAAGAUUUGGCAACACUCCUCUACCCGCUUAACCAGCUAUUGCAAGCCAACAAGAAGUGGGAAUGGACAACAGACUGCACACAGUCCUUUCAGGCAGCCAAAGACAAACUAAUGUCAGCCGAGGUACUAACACACUACAACCCCGAACUACCCCUCCGUAUGGCAGCCGAUGCGUCAUCUUAUGGAAUAGGAGCAGUUAUCUCACAUGUACUCCCUGAUGGAAGUGAGAAACCAAUAUCCUUUGCAUCCCGUACACUCUCUCCAAGUGAAAAAAAUUACUCACAGCUCGAGAAGGAAGCACUCUCGCUCACAUUUGGGGUGAAGAAAAUUCACCAAUACUUAUAUGGGCGGAAAUUCACUUUGAUAACCGAUCACAAACCUCUCACAGCAAUUUUUGGAGCAAAGAAAGGGAUUCCAACACUAGCCACCGCAAGACUUCAACGAUGGGCACUUCUACUGUCUGCCUUCUACUGUCUGCCUACAACUAUGAGAUACAGUACAAGUCAACUGACACGCACAGCAAUGCAGAUGGAUUAACGAGGUUACCUCUACCAACGUUAGGUUCUGACAAGGGAGGAGAAGGUAUACACAUAUUUAACGUUUCCCAACUCCAAUCUCUGCCGGUAACAUGCAAGAACGUGAGGCAAGCUACCAAAAAACGACCCCUGUCUUAGCAAAGUACUGAGAUACACGAGAGAGGGAUGGCCGAGUCAAAUUCCAAGUGACCUCAAACCGUUCUACAACAGAAAAGAUUAAAUUUCAAUCGAAUCCGACUGCCUACUCUGGGGAAUUAGAGUAAUUGUUCCCAGCGCACUUCAACAACAGGUGCUUAAGACCCUUCAUGAAGGACAUCCUGGUAUCCAAAGAAUGAAAGCAGUUGCUCGAAGUUAUAUGUGGUGGAAUGGACUAGACCAAGAGAUUGAGAAGCAAGCCAAGUCAUGCAAACCCUGCCAAGAGCACAAACCUAAUCCACCAGCUGCACCAUUGCACAUCUGGCAAUGGCCAACCACUCCAAUGAAACGUAUUCACAUCGAUUUCGCUGGACCAUUCCAAGGAAAAAUGUUCUUCAUCAUGGUAGAUGCACACUCUAAAUGGCCAGAAGUGAUCAUCAUGUCUAGUACUACCUCUGAAAAGACUAUUGAAGCUCUCUCCUCAUUCUUUACAAGAUAUGGUCUUCCUGAACAGAUAGUCUCAGACAAUGGGCCACAAUUUACCUCUGUGGAAUUUAACAACUUCAUGAAACAACAUGGAAUCAAGCAUAUCAAGAGUGCACCAUACCACCCUUCAACGAAUGGUCUUGCCGAGAGAUUUGUCCAAACAUUUAAGAAUGCGAUCAGAGCAAGUGAACAUGAUGGAUUCUCACUUAUUGGCAGACUCAACACCUUCUUAGGAAAAUACAGGGCUACUCCUCAUGCAACUACCGGCUCUACUCCUAGUGAGUUAUUUCUACAGCGAAGAGUCCGAACGAAAUUAGAUUUGCUGAAACCUGAAAUUGAGAUCACUGUCCAAAACAAACAACUCCAGCAAAAGAAGAAUCAUGACAAGCAUUCUAAACUUAGAACAUUUGAAGAAGGACAAUCUGUGCUAGCUAGGGGCUAUCUGUCUUCAAAGAAAUGGAUGUCUGGAGAAAUUGUUAGUGUAUUAGGACCAGCGAUAUUUAAGGUUAAACUCACUAAUGGAAAUGUCAUCACUAUAGACACAUUGAUCAGAUUCAAGAUCGCCAGUUCGCAGACCACGAACAACAAGAACAAUGCGAGUUUUUCACAAGUGAAAUAGACACUCCAGAAGUACCGGAGGUACCUCCUGAUAACUCACCUCCUAUAAGGAAAACGUACCCACAACGAGACCGACGACCUGUUGAAAGACUUAUGUACAGUCAAACUUAAGCGGGGAGGAAUGUGGUAACCUAAGAUGUUAUGUUACCACAAUAUGGACUAAGAACUAUCUUAUAGAACUAGAUAGCUUAUGAUUUAUUGUAAACAGUAUAUAACUGUCACCCUCUGUGUUAGUUCUAGCGGUUAUUUUAGUUGCAUAUACUUAUUUAUAUAG